CUAUCUCUGAUGGAUCUUAAGGGUUAAAAUAUGAGAAACUCGAAAGAGGACGUUUGGCCGGAUUUGCAAAGUCGAUGCUCCAACAGUGUUCUUGUUUACCCUUUCCUCAAUCCCUCAUCCCUACUCGUUGCUGCUUCUAUUUCCCAUCCCCAACAAAGGUUCAGAAUCGAAACGCAAGACGGCACUCCGGUUGUUGACCCCGCCGCCCGAGCUUGCUGCUGCGCAACCAUCGCCGCCGCCGCCGCCGCCGCCGCCGGGUCUCCCUUGUCCUGCUCACCGCUGCUCACGCCCCUCAGAGACAAUUCAAAUGGAAACCAAUGGGUUAUCUAUCAAGAGUCAGGAAAUCGGGUCAAAAAGAAAGUGGGAGACUAACGCAGACCUCAGCCGCCGCUUUUGCACUAGCCAACAUGAAAGUCCAUGGGAAGGCGGUACAGCGAAGCACAUCACAUGCCAUUCCUCUGAGUACCAAGGCCAGUCUUCGCAAGAGUGUCCUCCAUGGAAUUAUGGUUCGCUCACUACCUCGCCAGGGAGGCAAAAAGAUUUCCGCUUUUGCAGUAACCAACAUAAAAGUCCAUGGGAAGGCGGCACAACAGAGCACAUCGCAUGGCAUUCCUCUUGGUACCAAGGCCACUCUUCACAAGAGUGGCCUACACGGAAUGGUGGUUCACUCACCCCCUCGCUAGGGAGGCAAAAUGAUUUCCGCUUUUGCAGUAACCAACAUACAAGUCCAUGGGAAGGCGGCACAACAGAGCACAUCGCAUGCCAUCCCUCUUGGUACCAAGGCCACUCUUCACAAGAGUGGCCUACACGGAAUGGUGGUUCACUCACCCCCUCACCAGAGAGGAAUGAUUUCCAUGUUUCAGGAGGUCAAUUCUUUCUGACAUUCAACCCAUACGAACAAGAUGUAGAAAGUAGGUACCUUCAGGACAAAAAGAACGGGGUAAUCACUUGUUUGGUCUGUGGCAAGGAAGGACAUUACAGUAGUAAGUGCCGUUUCAAGGAUCAAGAGCACAGAAUCAUUUGCACAGUCUGUGGCAAAAAUGGCCACUGUAGCAUGUGGUGUUGCCAGCAGAACAAGUCGGAGAAUUGCGCUUGCACCCGCUGUGGAGAGAUAGGGCAUAGUACCAGUACACAUGGUCUCAGUUGCUCAAGCUGCGACGAGCAUCAUGACGAUGGAGAGUGCCGAUUGGGCGAAGUUAAAUGCUUUAUCUGUGAAUGUCAGGAUCAUUAUCUUGCUCAGUGCCCCUUGAAUUCAGUAUUGACUGAGGCAUUUCAGGGUCAGAGAGAGAACUUCCAAGCUGCUCUGCGGCUUGCACUAUCAAAACAACGCAACCCAUCAUCUACACCUGCCAAGUGUUCCGCAAAAUCAGAAGGAAAAGUACUGACCGCCAACAACUCUAGUACAAUUUGCUUUACAAGCCGUGAAGAAGGUCACAAUGCCCAUAUGUGUCCGCAGAAGUUCGGAGCUAUAUCUGGCAACACGUCAAAAGAAGUAGAAGAGAGCAGCACUAUAGUUACAUCCUCCAACAUGUCCAAAGUAUUAGAAGAACAGGACCCUGGUAUUGCUAAACAGUCAUCAGAAAUGAAGCUGGCAUCGGUUGUCCAUUGUGUAAGGUGUGGUCAGGAAGGGCACUCGGCCAAGAGCUGUCCAACACGGGUGUUUACAUGCUACAAAUGCAAUGAAGAAGGCCACACAUCCAGGAAUUGCCCUCAGAACCAAUCAUCAGAAAUGAAGCCUAAAUCGAAUGUCCACUGUGUAAGGUGUGGUGAGGAUGGGCACAGGGCCAAGAGCUGUCCAACACGGGUGUUUAUAUGCUACAAAUGCAAUGAAGAAGGCCACAUAUCCAGGAAGUGCCCUCAGAACCAAUCAUCAGAAAUGAAGCCUAAAUCGAAUGUCCACUGUGUAAGGUGUGGUGAGGAAGGGCACAGGGUCAAGAGAGCUGUCCAACAUGGGUGUUUACAUGCUAUAAAUGCAAUGAAGAAGGCCACACAUCCCAGAAUUGCCCUCAGAACCAAUCAUCAGCAAUGAAGCCUAAAUCGAAUGUCCACUGUGUUAGUUGUGGUCAGGAAGGGCACAUGGCCAAGAGCUGUCCAACACGAGUGUUUACAUGCUUCAAAUGCAAUGAAGAAGGCCACAUAGCCAAGAAUUGCCCUCAGAAGCGUUAAGACUGCCACACCGAGAGCUGUCGGUAAAGCAAACAGUGCCACACACUAUACAUGUCGUUACAUAUUCAAUCACGCCGAGAAGCAGCUGGUGAAGAGAUUUUGACACUGAGAUACAACCAAGGAAGCUCGCAAAGUUACUCACUGAGCUGAGCCAGACCUCCACCUUUGACCAAGAAGUUGUUGCAGAGUUACUCACGCCGAGAAGCAGCUGGUGAAGAGCUUUUUCUUGUGAUAUUCUAGCUGUUGAAAGUUUUCAAGGAUCGGUCUAUUUAUGAUAUGUGUUUUAGAAUGUCCUUUUCUAUGAAGUUGGUGGUGCCAAUUGAAGAUCUGAUGAAGAGACAUUCCCAAGACUGCGUUCACAACUGCCGGACUGUGCAAGUUACUGGCAUGUUCCUUGGUUUAAUAAAUGCUUAUCCAUACUAAAUGAACUUGAUGAAGAAGUGUAAGGAAUACAUCUGGGUAAGUUGCGGCAAUAUUCUGUAAUAUCUGAAGAAUGCAUAGGACAUCUUAGUUAGUACUGGAAAGUUCCGUAAACACCAUGAGUUGGUACUGGAGAAGUUUUGGAACCAUUUAAAUGAUGAGUUCAUCAUGUGUGAAGUCUGAAUGAUGGCAAGUUGCCUUCUUACUUCGUAGUA